UCUGAUUCCAUCAGUUUUUGGCAUAUUAUUUUGUGGAAGUUUAAUAUUGUUCACGCUUUACCAGUUUCGGGAUAAUCUGUUAAGGAAAACGUCAUCGACGGUUAUAAAAGACGAUUAAUUAUAACUUUACUAUCGUAAUCAUCAUCUAUCUAUAGACUUAUUAUUUUAAUCAAGGAAGUCAAGUCAGGCAGGCUGAAAAUGGAACAGUGGAUGAUAGUUGGAAUUUCUGGUGUAACAUGCGGAGGAAAGACAACUUUGGCUAAUAAUUUAUACAAUCACUUUAAAGACAAGUGUGGACAUGAAAUUAAGACUGGCGUAGAUUUAAAUCGUGUUGAAUUAAUUAAGCAAGAUGACUACUUUCGUCUAGAAGAUGAUCCAAAUCAUACAAAAAUUGAGCAACUUAGUCACAUAAAUUGGGAAAUAAUCGAAAGUAUUGACACUGACCGAAUGAUCACAGACAUAAUGAAAAUUCUUGGAAAGAAAUUCACAAUAUACAAUACAAGAUCGACACUUACACAUAUGGACAGUGAAAAUCUAUUUGCAAAUCAUUACGCAGCAAAUUAUAGCUCAUUAAACUAUAAUAAUGAUCUAAUGAAAUCCGAUGACGACAAUACAAAGUUUAAACACAUCAAACAUAAUAAUGUGUUAAACAUUCUAAUUGUUGAAGGUUUCCUCAUAUUGAAUCAUCCAGUUACGCUUGAUUUGUGCAAUGUUAAGUUCCAUUUACAUGUUCCUUACGAAAUUUGCUAUGAACGCCGUAAAAGUAGAGUGUAUGAACCGCCAGAUGUUUUGGGCUAUUUCGAGAUGAUUGUAUGGCCAGAAUACGAGAAACACCUGAAAAGCUUUAAAGAUCGAGAAGAUGUAGUGUUUCUAAAUGGCGAAGCAACACCCGAAAAAUGUUUUCAGUAUGUCUUAAAAUCUCUCUUGGAAGAACUGUAAUUGGAUGGGGGCUAUAAUUAAUUAUGCAAAGAAGAAAAAAAAUCAUAUUAAUUAAGGAUCAGAGUUGUUGUUGUAGAUUUUUUCAUAUUUGCAUGUCAGAUUGGCUUAAAAUUGGGUGACGGAGCAUAUUUUUUGGUGUCAGUAAUACCUGAAUGUCGAAUAGAUCUAGAUUAAAAAUUUGCGAAUAUAAAUGGAGCAAGUUGAGUGGGUUGAAAUGGACUUAAAUUUAUAUUUUCUGAUGAAUGUAAACAGAUUAAUCUAAAUUAACAACAUUCAAUUUGAAACACAGUAAUUUAGCACUAAUCUUCUACAGAUCGGAAAUAACACUGAUUAAUGAUAAUCGUUAGAUUCAAGGAUGAAUUUUAAAUUUGCAAACUCUACGGGGAAUCAAAUGAAAUCGCAC